GGGACAUGAAUGCAUCUAGCGCAGUCUGCAAUUCACUUCUGCCAGCCAACAGUUACUGAUCUUCCACAGUGCAGUAUGGUCACUUUCACAAUUCUGCUGAGGGCGUUAAAGCCGUUAGCAUGGCUCAUCACGUGGUUGGUGGAGACCGUACUAGUAGUAUGGCGACUGGCAAAGGCGCGGGUUCAUCUGAUUAUUCUCGGAGCCAAGUUCCCAGGACCUCCCGCAUUUCCUUUGUUCGGCAAUUUGCUAGCAGUAUUUUGUGGAGACUCUGAAGCGCUUACCAAAUACAUUGAAUAUAUUUGGAACAAAUAUGGAAAUCUACAUCGAAGUUACAUAGGGCCUGUUCUUGUUGUGACAACGGGUCGCCAUCAAGAUCAUGAGAAACUUUUGGCAUCAAAUGAUUACCUGAACAAAGGUUUGAUUUACUUCUUCAUGAAGCCUUGGUUGGGAGAUGGUCUCUUAAUGUCUUCAGAAACAAUUAUGGGAGUACGAGUGAACGCGCAAACUAUUAGCAAUUCACCCUACGUAACGGCAGUUAAUGAAAUUUCCGCUAUAAUUUAUAACCGCGGCAUGAAGCCAUGGGAAUAUCCACCGUUCAUUUUCCGGUUCACGAAAUUAGGACGUCGACAUCAGGAAUGUCUUGACAUUCUCCAUAGCACCACAGAGAAGGUGAUCCGAGAAAGGAGGACAGAACUGGAGAAAAUAAGCGAGGGCAAAACCCUUGAUGUGGAUGAGCUAGGUCGGCGGUGCCGCGUGGCCUUCCUAGACCUGCUGCUUCUCAUCGCGAGAGAUGGCAGCCUGUCCGACGCCGACAUCCGCGAGGAGGUGGACACCUUCAUGUUCGAAGGCCAUGACACCACGGCCGCCGCCAUCUCCUUCACUGCCUUCCUCUUGUCGCGACAUCCCGCUGUGCAGGAGAAAGUGCUGGAAGAGCUGGAUUCGAUAUUCGACACCUCGAAGCCUUUGGACCCGACCAUUCAUGAUCUGUCUGAACUCAAAUACCUCGAUAUGGUGAUCAAGGAGUCACUGCGAAUUUUUCCACCAGUGGGCGCGGUGAGCAGACAAAUAACCAGCGACUUUCGUCUUGCAUCAAGUCCCCUGACCGUUCCUGCUGGCGCAAUGCUCUUUUUAACUUUCCAUUUGUUGCAUCGGGACCCAGAAGUGUUUCCUGAGCCGAACGAGUUCGACCCGCAGCGCUUCGCCCCAGAGGAGACUGUGCGUCGUCAUCCCUUCGCCUACCUCCCUUUCAGUGCUGGAUCUCGGAACUGCAUCGGACAGCGGUUUGCAAUGCUGGAACUCAAGAGCGUUCUGGCUAAACUCAUUUGGAAUUUUCGCAUCUUGCCUGCUCCUGAUUUCGAACCAAUUUUAGUUUGGGAAAUAAUUACAAAAUCAAAAAAUGGAAUUUUUGUACGUUUGGAAGAGAGAUCUCGUAAGAAAAUGGGCUGAAAAGUUAUUUAAGAUUUACAGGCAUAUGGCGAUUUUUGUUUACUCUACUUUCACUUAUUUUUUAAGUAAUAUUUAUAAUGAUCAGAUCAUCAACCCUGUAUCAUAAAGUCAUUAAACCGAUCACAAUAAAAUUAAUAAAAACUUACUUGGUAGGAGAGGACGAAGAACAGAAUUGGUGUGAAUAAUUCAUAAUUUUUUUUCUUCAAAAUUAAAACUUUCAAUUCAGUAAUACACUUAACACAAAACAAAAGAGAAAAUUUGAAAUUACUUUUCAAUUCUGAUCAAUAUAAUAAGCCCGCGAUAUUCAAGCGACCACAGAAAACAAAGAACUACUCUCUCGUUAAUAUAUAAUUUAUCUCAUUAAUAUAAAAUUUAUCUCGUUAACACAUAUUUUGUGUCAUUAAUAUAUGCUCGAACUUCCAAUAAUUUCCACGGGAAUUUUAUCUCGUGACGACGUCUAUGACCAAGGAUAGCGGCUAAUCGGUGAAACUCUGAUUUUUCGUAAUUUGUAAAAGUUAAAAAUUUGUUUGGGGUCUUUCUACAACUAAAAUAUAAAAAGACAUUUUUCCCUUAAUGAAAUAUGUUCCUUCAAAAUUGAUUUUGAAAUAGGGAUAUGUAUAAUUUUUCGAAAAUUUGAGUACUCUUUGCGUAAUUUUGUGUAAAGUACAUGCU